AGAGAUGCUUGAGUUCCAAUCAAAACACUCAGUUUCAAAGUGGAUAGAUAUUCAAGCAGAGAGAGAGAGAGAGAGAGAGAGAAGAAGAUCAUGACGAUCACCAUGACGAACAAUAAUCAGAUAGAAGAUCAAAUGGCACUCUUCUCGCAGUUAUAUCCCGGAGUUUAUACGCCGAUACCGCCAGCUUCACGAGAAUCGAAGCCGAGGAGGAGGAGGAGGAAGAACAAAGGAGGAGAUGCAAGCGGGCUCAUGGGAGCGAAGAAGAGGAAGCUUAGUACGGAGCAGGUGACUCUACUGGAGGAGAGCUUCGGGAACGAGCACAAGCUCGAGUCCGAUAGGAAGGACCGCUUGGCCUCGGAGCUGGGGCUCGACCCGAGGCAAGUCGCCGUCUGGUUCCAGAACCGACGUGCCCGGUGGAAGAGCAAGAAGCUUGAGGAGGAGUACUCGAAGCUCAAGUCCCUGCAUGAGGCCGCGAUCGUCGAGAAAUGUCGCCUAGAAACCGAGGUAUUGAAGCUGAAGGAGCAGCUAUCCGAGGCGGGCAAGGAAAUACAGAAGCUGUCGUCGAUAUCCUCCUCCUCCUCGUCAUCGGAUCACCAGAGAUGCUGCGACCACCAAGGGUUUAACUCAAGCAACAGCCCCAGCACAAGCUCGAUCUCAAUGGACAGGGGACAGCCCGACUUUCUUGGGGAUUUCGGGUACGAGGACGACGUGAUGUUUUACAUGCCCGAGAACAGCUACAGCGUCCAAUGCAUGGAGUGGCUCAACCUCUACAUGUGAAUUAAUUAAUAUAAUGUUAAUUAAUUAGUCAUAAUUAGUUUUCGAUUGUUAUGAUUAAUUAACUAUAAUAUGAGUUAGAAUGUGUAGAUAGUGACAGUCUGAUGUAAAUAUUAUUGUACUUCUUCUAUCCGUCCUUUUUCUCCACUUUCACUCCGUGUUUUCAGCUAUGAAGCUUUCUCUUGACUCGACUUUUUCCC